AUGGCCUCCGAGCCGCCGAGCGCGCCCAUGGGCAACCGACCAGUACUGGCCCGGCAGCGCGCAAAGGAGGAUGCAGAGGCUGAGGGCAAAGCACCUCCAAAGGCGAGCUACUUUCCUUUGGGAUAUAAAGAUGGCUUCUCGCAGUGGUGGGCAAGCCUGGCUCCUGCUGUCACCGAGCACAAGGUCAUGAGCUUCAUCCCGUACCUUCAGAAACCACCCACCCAGACUGGCAGCGCGCCGCCUAGCACGACCACAUCAUCUCUGAGCCUGGAUAAGAGCGUGUCUGACGUGGAGUGUGUGCAAAGAACGAGCAGCAUAAACGAUCCUUAUGGCCCACGACAGUGGCAAAGCAACAUGGUGCAGCUGGCGGGCAAGAACAGAUACCUGAACGAGUUCAGUGUGGAAAGAUUGGGUGAAGACGUCAACAACAACCUGGUUAUGUUGCACGGAUAUGGCGCCGGAUUGGCCUUCUUCUACAAAAACUUCGAGGCACUGUCACGCUUGCCACACUGGAAGCUGUACGCUCUGGACAUGCCAGGGAUGGGUCGCAGCAGUCGCCCACCUUUCAAGAUUCACGCAAAAGAUAAGGAAGGCAAAGUAAGAGAAGCAGAGAAUUGGUUCGUGGAUGCUCUUGAGGAGUGGCGCAAGAAGAAGGGCAUAGAGAAGAUGACACUGCUCGGACACAGCAUGGGUGGCUACAUGGCAGUUUGCUAUGCUUUGAAAUAUCCAGGCCAUCUCAAUAAGCUCAUUCUGGCAUCGCCAGUUGGCAUACCCGAGGAUCCAUAUGCUGUGAACGAAGACAUGCCAGAGCCAGGCGACAGCACUAUGGUCAACGAAGUUACACAAGACGCCAAUGACGCAACAGCAGCCAAGAAGCCACCACCGCGCAGGCAGAUGCCCAAGUGGUUUGCAACUCUUUGGGACGCCAACAUCUCGCCAUUCUCCUUGGUACGACUCUCUGGUCCUCUAGGUCCUCGACUAGUCAGUGGCUGGACGAGUAGGCGCUUCUCGCACCUGCCUGAAGACGAGGCCCAAUCACUUCACGACUACAGCUAUUCUCUGUUUCGACAACGUGGCUCUGGCGAGUACGCUCUGGCGUAUAUUCUGGCCCCUGGAGCUUUUGCUCGAUCGCCUCUGAUUAGGAGAAUUCAUGGAGUGGGACGUCAGUACCUCGAAGUCCACAAGGAACCAUCGCCCGACAACUCCUCUGCUACUUCGUCAUCCGCAGCUAGCAAAGUCCGAGAAACGGGCAUUCCCGUCGUCAUGUUGUACGGCGAGAGCGACUGGAUGGACGUCGCAGGUGGCUAUGCUUCAGAAGAGGCUAUCAACGCUGAGAAGAAGAAGGCAUUGGCUCAGGCGUCAGACAGAGAGAAGAAGCUGGAGAACGGCGACGUCAAAGUCUCGAUCAUCCGCAAGGCCGGUCACCACGUCUACCUCGAUGGUUACGAGCAAUUCAACAACGAGAUCUUCGACGAGCUGAGGGAUGUGGAAAAGCGGCAAAAGAGACUUGCUGCAUUGGCAUGA